CAUUGAUCGGUUCUGUUGACCAACAGAAAUUUUGCAAUUACUUCCCCAUGAGCUGUGACAAUGCCUCUAUUUAGUAGUACCUCGCCUUUUGAUCAAGAUGUUGAAAAAGCAACUAGUGAAUUAAAUACAGCUGAGGACUGGGCAAUUAUCCUUGAUAUCUGCGACAAAGUUGGCCAAAGCCCCACAGGCGCAAAAGACUGCUUAAGGUCAAUAGUUAAGCGGCUGAACCAUAGAGUCCCACAUGUUGCUAUGCAAGCACUAACCCUUCUUGAUGCAUGUGUGAACAACUGCGGCAAGGUAUUCCACCUGGAAGUCAGUUCUAGAGAUUUUGUGAAUGAAGUGAAGUCGUUACUAGGCAAGGUACAUCAGAAAGUAAGAGAAAAACUGAAAGAUCUGAUAAAAAAGUGGGCAGAGGGCGACUUCAAAUCAGAUCCAUCCUUGAACCUUAUACCAUUGCUCUACACCACGAUGAAAUCAGAAGGCCAUGAUUUCAGUUCAUCUUCAGAGCCAGUACCAAAGCAGAGCAGCAGAAACACAGUUGACCCUGACUAUGUUGGAAGCCAGCAGGAGGCUGAGGACAUUGCCAAGGCUAUUCAGUUGUCAUUGAAAGAGGCAGAGAAGUCCUCCCCAAAGACAACAUCAUCGCUGUAUCCUGCAGUGCGAGCAUCGAGUGGUGCCACCAGUAGCAACAGUAACUACUCGUAUAGUCGAGAAUUGCGGAAGGUGCGAGCGCUGUACGACUUUGAGGCUGUGGAAGACAACGAGCUCACGUUUAAGGCCGGCGAACUCAUUAGCAUCCUAGAUGACACAGAUGCUAAUUGGUGGAAAGGACAGAACUGGCGCGGAGAGGGUUUGUUCCCUGCAAACUUUGUAACUGCAGAUUUGACUGUGGAACCUGAACCAGAUGCGUGCAGAGGCAUGGGACCUCUACUAGACCAGGAACUGGAACGCAUUGACCGUAAGCACAUGGCUAUGUCUGAACUCAACCAGUCGCUGGUCGAGGCCCUGAAUAUGUAUCACUCAUUAAUGAAGCAACCACAGUCAUUCAGCUACAAGCCAGUGCCACAGGUGGCGCCACCUAGCCCAUACCCCACACAACCACAACAGAUGUACAUGCAGCCAGUGCCUCAGGGAUAUGCUCCUCCUGAUAUGUCUCAUCCCGAUGGUAUGCCUGUGUCUAUGCCGCCACAAGCAGGCCAGAUGACAUCACAGCCAGGACCAAUGACAUCACAGCAACAGCCAUUGACAUCGCAGAAUAUAGGCCAGCCACAGUAUGGUCCACUAUCAAGUGGUCAACAAGUAUCUCAUGUAAACCAAGAUGGAUACGGUGCACAAGCCAUCACCACACAAGCACCCAUGGGCUACAACCCAGGAUUGCCUCAGCAGCAGUUGCAGUUCCAGCAAAAUUUCCAACCUACUCCACCACAGCAACAGCCAUUGAUCUGAGAAUGGCCUACAGGAGUGCAUGCUUGUAGGAGUCAUCUGAAGGCCAGUGCCACUGAGUGCUCUCCAAAUUGGAUAGUCUAUGAGGUUUGCCUGUGCACGCCCCCUGGUGUACAUGCAUGUAUGUAACCAAUUGGUAGCUUACAUGCUAUUAGUAUACCUGAUAUUGAAGCAAGGUUAAUGUGACAUUUAUAAGAAAAUUGGCUAAUAAUGGACCGUCGGUGUAGUUAUGGCGUUACCAUGAGUAUAUAAGUCGGGGAAAAGUGUCUCCAUGAUUCUCAACCCGAAAGCUCAGUCAAAUAGGACAAUUAUGAGUUCUGGGUCAGUCAGGCAUAAGUGGUGAUAGUAUUGAUAAGCCUUUAAAGGCCCAGUAAGCACAUCUUUUCGAAAAUUACACGGUACUAAAGUAACAAACGCUGUCGUGUGUGUAGUGUUUGUAACAACCAACAAGCCAAGUCUACCAAAAAGUAUUUGUUUAUCAACACUCAAACCCAUAACCUUUGACAGCAUAGAACUACCAAAUAGGUUUUGUUCACGUGGCAGAGUUAGUUAAUAUUUAGCAUGGGAUGUUGUAUUCCAUAUGUUCUGUCACCAGUAUGACGAAGCCACGGAUGAUAACAUUGUUUUGGCACGAAAACACAUGUGGAAAUCAAAUUUAUUGAUCAAAAAUGUUGAAACUUAAAUUUGUCAGCAAAAGCUGAGAAUUUCUGUUUUUUUAAAUAUCUUUAAUACUAUCUCUUAUUUGAUGGUAAUGUUAUGUAGAUAAACAUCUGCAUCACUUUCUUAUCCUGCACUUUGCAUAUAAAAUGUGCUUAUUGGGCCUUGAACCUUUUCUAUAUGUGGACGCAUUGUUUUUGCUAGACUUCAAUGUUCGCAAUUUUCUGGAUGCACGUAGUGGGGUAAGGUUAUUUAUAUAUUGGUACCAUUUGUUUGCUUUUCAUCGAGGAGAAAUCUGUUGGGAGAAAACUUUAAUCCUACAGAGUACUACAGGGCUGCAUGCAGUCAAAUCAUUGCAACCGUGUGCUAAAUUACACUUCCCGAGAAUAGUAUCUAUACAGAUCACUAUUAUUAAAGAAAACACUCGUAGUGCAUGUAUUUGUGUAAAUAAUUAAUAUUAAUAUAAACGGAUGAAAGUUGCGGAGAUGUGUGCGUUUGUAGAGCUAUGAUUGGCUAAACUUCUGACGGAUAACAGUGUGUAUAGUGUGCAUGCUCCGGUUUAUACCUAUUUAUCACCUGAUAAUUGAACAGAGAUACUAAUUCUGUGUCUUCUCUGAUGCUUUAGAAGCAUUUCGGUGAAUGUCAUAUCGCUGUGGAAUAUUGUUAUAUUACCAGAAAAACGUUGUUCACCUCUCUGCGUUCUUGCGUGGCUGCUUGCGAGUGGGCGUGCGUGCGUGCGUGUGUACGUGUAUGUGUAUGUGCAUGGGAAAAGAUAAAUGAGCAGGUGAGGCUCAGGGUCAUACGUAACAAAGCUUCGACAAUUACAGAAAUAAAUUAGUUGAAAGCAAACGAAUGGUUCUCCUCAUCACUAAUAACUGAGUUCUAUAGGCGUUCUUCCAAAUGUUAUUCCUAGAAGGUUCUUUGAACAAUUAAAUUUUAGUAUAUAAAUAAGCAUGAACAUAUGUAUAUGACAUGUAUAUACUGUAUAUAUAUAUAUAUGUUCAUGGUUCUGAGUGCCAGUUUGAAACAACAUAUGUGGAUAAGUCUUGAUACGUUUGGGGCUUAUGUUUAUUCAAUGGCAUUUAUUCGUUGCACAAAACAACGUUUUUCUAACAUUGAGACAUUCUUAGCAAUUAUUUUCAACAAUUCUCAGUUUGCAAUACGUUUAUCAUAACAUCUGGGAUGACCGUUGGAAAGUCACAUUAUAUAGGACACAAACGCUGUCAGAUUUUUAGCUGGGAAAUCUAUAUAAUUAUUGUGUGCAUUGAUUACCAUUCACUGUGAAUGCUAUUGGUACUACCGUACCAGUCUGUUCUGUUUAGCUGUAAUUUUUUAAGUUUUUAUUUGUAAACAGAUACUGCGCUAAAGGAUAGUUACAGAAAACGCCCCUCCCCACACAAACACAUUAAUAGAGAGGUUAACACGCCAUUCCUGCAAAGCACCAUGUACACCUACCAGUUACUUUUAGUUGUACAACAAUGAGAUAGAACAAUCGGUAAAGGUGGUCCAGUAUCCAACAGGCAAAUAGCUAUAUAAUUUCGGCUAUACUCUGAGGCUUAGCCCUGUGGUGUGUGUGUAUAUAUGAUGCAUACCGGAAAUUAUGAAUGUAUUUAAAAUCUCUGACGUCAGUUGUGAACUCACACGUGACGUGAAUUGUUAUUAAUAAAUAAUAUAUCUAUAACCUUA